AUGGGUGGAUGUGUAAGUCAUGAUCGAGACAAUCAUCGACGACGAUCACAUUCAUCUCGAAGUAGUGCAACAACUAGUGGCACUGUUGCUCGAAAUAAACCAUUAAAUCGUUCUACCUGUCAUAAUAAAUGGAAAUCAGAUGUGCCGAUUACUGAAAAUCAAUUGCGUCGUAAACGAGAAGAAUAUUGGGAUACAGCACCUGCUUUUGAAGGUCGUAAAGAAAUUUGGGAUGCUCUUCGUGGUGCAUGUUAUGCCAUUGAACAAAAUGAUGUUGAUUUAGCUCAAUCAAUUAUAAAUUGUGCUAAUAUAUCUCUUCCUCGUGGAACACUUCUUGAUUGUUAUGAUGAACUUGGUACUCGUUAUCAAUUACCUGUAUAUAUAUUAUCAGCACCAACAAAUUUAAUUGAUAAUGAACAAUUAUCAAAUAAUGAUAAUGAAUCUAGUACAAGUGAUAUUGAUCUUGCAGCAACAGCAGUUGUUGAUCGUGAACGUGAUUAUAGUGAUAAUCAUAAUUCAUCAAUAAAUAAUCAACAACGUCGAAUAAUAAAAUCAUCAACAGAUGGAAUUCAUAAUCCAAUAGUACGUGAAAUAAAAAAACAUCGUCGAAAACAAAAAUCAAAUACAGAUUCAAAUGGUAAUGAAUCAUCAUCGAAUAAUACAACAACAACACCAUCACCAAUAUUAAUUAAUGAUCAACAAUCACAAGAUAUUGAAAUACCAAUUAAAUUUCGUUUAUCAAAUGGUAAUGAACAUCGAUUAUAUUGUAAAUCAAAUGAAAAAAUUCGUAAUAUUAAAAGACGUUUAGCUAUGUUAGAAAAUGGAGCUAUUGAUUCACAAACCCAACGUUUAUUUUUUGGAGGAAAAUUAUUACAUGAUCGUACAGCUAUAUGUGAAACUCGUUUACAACGAAAUUUUGUUGUACAAGUUAUAUUACAAGAUCAACCAAUGCCACCAAAUGGUGCGAUUACAACAACAGGUCAUUUAACAACGAAUAAUCAUACUAAUUAUUCGAUACCUGUUGAAUUUCCAAAUUCUUCUAUAAUUGAACAAUUUUAA